AUGGUGCACCCGCUCAUCAUCACAGCAGCCGCAACGGCAGGCGUCGGUGCUGCUGUCGCAUUCGAAGUGGCGGUCUUUCGCCCCUGGCGCGAGGACAAUUGGCCGCAUGGCUUCGGCGAAGGUGUGCGCAGCGAGUUCCUCAAGCUUCGAAGAGAGGUCGAGCAAGCGGUCCACGAGAUCCAGGACGACCUCCGAACUUUGCGGGAUGGACGAAGGCGCGAUACUAGCAGGAGCAGAGAUGGGCAUCGUCGACUGAGCGACGACGAGCUGGAUGACUUCCGCAGAGGCGUCGGGGAAGAGGCAAGCAGGGAGAGCGCUCAGCACGAGUUCGAGAUGCACGAACGUCAAGCUUCCGCUUACCGCGACCGCCUUCGAGCUUCGAUGAGCGAAAGUCUCACAAGUGGCACGGAUCAGCAAGAUGGGAGGUUGCGGAGACGACGCCCAGCAGGUGCGGAUGCGGCGAACGAGGAUCGAUCAGCGCGGACGAGCAUCAUCAGUGUGCCUGUAAUGGAUACGCGCAAGACGACGUCGCCUGAAAUGACGCAUCACAGAGUCGGGAGCGCUUCGUCAAAGACAGAUGAAGUGCCGUCUGCGCAGCUGGUGACCGAAACGGGCGACCACGGCGCAGAAGCUUCUACAUCAUCUGAUCUCGAGAGGGGCGAUAGCAGAGGCGAGACUGAGGCAGCCAGGAACGGUCUCUUCGGCCUUGACUUUGACGUGCAGACAUCGCAGGCUUUGGAUCAGGAGAAUGCUCGCAGCAACGCCAGUGACCCCUUUGCCGACAUUGUGGAUGGCACCGCAUCAUCCUGGCAUGCCGUCUUCAGCGACCGUACCGCUCAACGGGCUGACCAGCCCGCCACGCAAGAUUCUCGUGACACUUUUUCGCCCUCUCAAGAGGAGCUGACCGAGGAAGGGCACGUGAUCCUCGACACCAACGGGCUUUCGCAAACGCUUUCGGACCAGCAGCAGCAUUCCUUCCAUGAUCUCUACGCUGACGCGCAUAGCAGCAGCAACAACUCGCAUACCUCUGGAUCUCCGUAUCGCUCAAAUAGGGCUCUGCAUCCACCGAGCCUCAACCCACCUUCGACUGGAUCACGAUCUGCGGGCGCCGAGAGCGAGCCUGACUUUGAAGUGAUCAGCGAUACAGCUGACUCGGAGGGAAGGUGGAGUCAGGUGCAAGCUCCGCCGAGCCCGACAAUGUCGAGUGGCAGCAAGCCUGCGGCGGUGGGAGGCGUCGACAUGAUCUCGGUGCACAGCGAUGGUCAGGAGAGCUGGGCCGAGCUGAGCCGAUACGGGUCGGAUGAAGAAGGCUCGAUCCGUAGCGAGACGAGGGUGCGCUCUCUUCGUGGCUAG